AAUGAUGGGGGCGGGGCCUGGCGGCUCCCGCGCUCCCCGGCAGCGCCAGCCGCAGCCCGGCACGGCGCGGCCCCCCCGGAACCCCAUUUCUGGGGUCCCCCCCGAAACCCCCCUUUUUGGGACCCCCUUUUUGGGGACCCCAUUUCGGGACCCUUCCUUUAAGAUUUCUCCUUCUGGGACCCCCAUUUUUGGGGACCUCCCCUUAAAUCUCCCCCUUCCCCUCCUCCCUCCCUUUUGGGUCCCCUUUUUGAGACCCCCCCCCCCUCCCCCCACUUUUUGGAAGCCCCCUUUUAGGAUCUCAGUUUGAGUCAUUUUCCCCUCCCCCCUUCCCCCCCCACCCCCCCUUGGAGUCCCUUCUUUUUGGGGUCCUCCCCAUUUUCAGGUCCCCUUAUUGACCCUCCCCCCCUUCUCCCCCCCAUUUUGAGACCCCCUUUUAGUAAGAUUUUGGGGGACCCCAUUUUUGGGGUCCUCCCCCCAGGACCCCCACACCACCAUGACGGUGAAGUUGGACUUCGAGGAGUGCCUGCGGGAUUCACCCUGGUUCAGGGCAGCAGUGGAGGAGGCGGAGGCGGAGGUGUCAGAGCUGGAGACACAACUGGAGAAGGUGCUGAAGCUGGGGGGGGCCGUGCUGGAGGCUGGGCGGCAGCUGGUGGGGAGCAGCCGGGCGCUGGCGGUGGGGCUGCGUGAAAUGGGGGGGGCCCCCAGAAGGGACCCCCUGCUGAAGGAGGCGCUGGAGAAGCUCUGUGAUUCGCUGGAGCAGAUGAUGGACGGCCAUGAGGAGCUGCAGGACAGCACCGAGCGGGCGCUGCGACGGCACCUGCAUGGCCUGAUGGAGGGGUGCCGGGUGGUCCGGGGGUCCCGGCGGGAGCGGGGCCGGGCGGUGGAGGCUCUGGGGGCGGCACUGCAGCAUCACGCCGAGGUCCCCCGGCGCCGCCCCCACGAGGCACAGGAAGCGGCCGCGGCUAUGGGGGGGGCGAGGGGCGUGGCCAGGGCGCGGGGGCUGGACCACGUGAUGCAGCUCAAUGUGAUGCAGGACAAGCAGAAAACAGAAAUGCUGCAGUUUGCUCUCUCCCUGUUGGCCGCCCACGCCUCCUUCUUCUCCCACGGCCACACUGCAGCUGCUUCAUCCCAACCAUUCCGGACGAGCCUGGGAACACAGUUGGAGCAGAUGGAGUUGGAGGCGGCGCGGCGGCAUCGGGACCUGGAGCAGAGACACGCACUGCUGCUGCAGCAGGACCUGACACAGGAGGUGGUGGACGUGGCCAGUGGGGGGGCAGGGCCUGAUGCCCCCCCCAUGGAGGGCUAUCUGUACAAGAGGGCCAGCAACGCCUUCCGCACCUGGAGCCGGCGCUGGUUCUCCAUUCAGAGCAACCAAUUGGUGUACCACAAGCGGGCCCAGGACCCCCCCACGGUGGUGGUCCCAGACCUGCGGCUCUGCACCGUGAAGCCGUGUCCCGAAUUGGAGCGACGCUUCUGCUUCGAGGUGGUGUCCCCCAAUAAGAGCUGUGUGCUGCAGGCAGACUCAGCGGGGCAGCAGCGCGCGUGGGUCAGCGCCGUGCAGAGCAGCAUCGCCUCCGCCUUCAGCCAGGACCCCCCCCCCGGCCCUACAGGGCCUCCGGGGUCGACAUCGGGAUCUGGGGGUUCCCAUGGGGGUCGUGAGGUUUUGGGGCAGAUUUUGGGGUUGGAAGGGAACGGGAACUGCUGUGAGUGCAGCGCUCCGGACCCCGCCUGGGCCAGCGUCAACCUGGGCAUCACUCUGUGCAUUGAGUGCUCCGGGAUCCACCGGAGUCUGGGGGUUCACUUCUCCAAGGUGCGCUCGCUGACGUUGGACACGUGGGAACCCGAGCUGGUGAAGCUGAUGUGCGAAUUGGGGAACCGAACGCUGAACCGCAUCUAUGAGGCGCGGGUGGAGGAGAUGGGGGUGAAGAAACCCCACCCCGAAUGCUCGCGGGUGCAGCGCGAGGAUUGGAUCAGAGCCAAAUACGUGGAGAAGAAAUUCGUCACCCGCCUUCCGGGGGCGUGGCCUAAAAAGCCCCGCCCACCCCGCCACGUCUCCCGAGGAAGCCCCGCCCCCCGCGGCUCACAGGCGACAGAGCCCGAGCCGCCCCCCAGCCUCCACCCCGGGGCUCUCCUCUAUUGGGGGGCGCAGCACCGGCGUCUCCCAGCCAUGGCUGACGCUUUGGCCCACGGUGCAGACCCUGGUUGGGCCAAUGUGGCCGAAGAGCACCGCACGCCCCUCCUGCAGGCCGUGGCCGUGAAUUCACUGCUGGGCUGUGAGUUCCUGCUGCAGAAUGGUGCCAAUGUCAAUCAGAGGGACAGCCGUGGGAGGGGGCCGCUGCACCAUGCCACCAUGCUGGGGCACACCGGCCUGGUGUGCCUCUUCCUGAAGCGUGGUGCUGACAUUAAUGCUGUGGACGCGGAGGGGAAGGACGCCCUCACCAUUGCCAUGGAAUUGGCCAACGCCGAUAUCGUCACCCUGCUGCGGUUGGCCAAGAUGAGAGAGCUGGACGUGGCCCAGGGGCAGACCGGUGAUGACACCUACCUCGACAUCUUCCGUGACAUCUCCCUCAUGGCUUCUGACAACCCCGAGAAGCUCACCCGUGCCCCCUCAAAGCACUCCACCCUAUAGCUCUGCCUCCUUGAGGGUCAAGCCCCUCCCUCCAGGGGCAGGCCAUGCCCCCGUUUAUUAAUUGAAAUAAAGCAAUGGCCUUA